CUGCUGCACACGACUUUCCGCUGACCUUGGAGUGUAAAUUUCCGGGUUUGUGGCAGCACGAUUUCUUGGAAUGGGGGCUACUGGCAGCACGCAUCGUGUUGUAGUAGAGCAAAUGGAUGAAACGGGGGUUGUGAAGAUAUCAGAGUCGGUUGUCAAACGGUUAAAAGGUGAAGCUGAUUCUGAAGAUUGUUUCAGACCAAGCCCAGCCCCAGAAGUUACCAUCCCUAGACCUUUCCCUAGGAGAACAGAAGGAGAGAUGUCCGCCUUACUACAGAUGGAGAACUUUUACAAGCAAAAGCUUCAAGAGUUGGAUGCUAAAAAUGACGCCCUUCUCAAAACAUCAGUUGACCAGUUUGCCAAGGCUGUUCAGGAAGUUGAAAAGAAGUUCAUGAAGCAUUCAUCAUCUCCGGUCUGUCAAGACCUGCAGUCCAAGGUGUAUAACUGUUAUAUUGAGAACGAGUGUAAGACUCUUAACUGUGCCAAGGAAGUUCGAGACUUCACGUGCUGUGUAGAAAAGUCCAGGCAGAAUGCGAUAACAAGAAAAGCCUGUCCCUAGGAAUAUUAGAUUUUUUAGAGAUACUUUGUGUUCUGCCGAUUCUCUCUGGAUGUGUGAUAGAGGUUUUUUUUAUGGAUACAGGAUUGACUGAAAAAUUCUGUUACAGUUUGGUUGACUAAAGGAAUGGAUUUCUCGUACUGUGGUUCACUGGACAUUGCGGAUGUUCAUCAUGACUAAUAUUGUAGUACAACAUAACAUUAGCGUUUAUAUUAUACAAGAAAUACAUGCAUCAGUCGAUAAAAUAAACUGUUUAAAACCA